UUACAGUGCCCAUAUAAAAGCAUCAACUACCGAUGAAAAAAACAUUCCAACUACGAAAAGGAACAAUCAAACAUGUACACCAAGGUAGUAAUCUUCCUGUGCGCUGCGGGCAUCGCUUCCGCUGGCAAUCUGCUCCACGCUGCUCCUCUCGCCUAUUCCGCACCUGUUUCCUCUGUUUCUUACUCUUCCCAAACGACUUCCCAUGGAGCACCAGCUGUAUACUCAAGCCCAAUCGUCGCAAAGUCAUACGCCGCCCCUGCUGUAGCAACCUACGCCGCACCAGCUUACUCGACAUACGCCGCUGCCCCGGCCUACUCUACUUACCAUGCUGCUCCAGUAGCUUACACUAAGACCCUGUCUCCAGCUGUUUCUUACUCGUCAGUAUCUCAUUCUAAUACCAUCUCCAGCCCAGCUGUAUCUUAUGCCGCCGCCGCCCCUGCUGUCUAUGCCUCACCAGCUGUUGCCACAUACCAUGCCACCCCCGUUGUAACUAAGACUAUCGCUACACCCGUGGCUUACCACGCUUCUCCCGUGGCUUACCACGCUUCUCCCGUGGCCUACCACGCUGCUCCAGUCGUCAAAUCAGCCAUCACUUACUCAGCCGCACCUGCUGUGUCACAUGUGUCCUACGCUGGUUUGGGCGCCACUUAUGGCUGGUGAAAAACCAAAGAUUAACUCUUUAUACUCCUGGUUAAAUUAUUAUCAUGAAUGAUAUUCAUUAAUAAAUUAUAUAUAAAAUA